UUGAGUUUGUGUGUGUUUGUCUUAUUUGAUCUAUCUGUAGCGUUUCAGUUCAAUCCGUCUUUAUUUAGUUUCAGUAUUUUAUACAUUUACAUCACAUAAUGCCGGUUGAAAAUUUAGAAGAAGAAGGUCUGAAAAAGAUUCCAGACUUGGAAGUCGCGCAAUUGAAGUUCUUAUUAACGUCGGACGAUGAGGAAAUCCAGCAAACAAAAAUUAAAAAACAAUUUAUGGAAGCGAUCGAAGCAAAUGAGAUGGCACCCUAUUAUGAAAUUGUUUGCAAAGAACUUGGAAUGAAAAUUAACAAUACACUUUUAAAGAAAUUGAAGGAUACAAAUGAGAAGACAUUGAAAAAACUUGAAGAUAAAAUAACAGAAACUGAAGAAAUGGAAUAUGAAAGUGAAGUCAGAGAUGCCUUACUUGCAAAGGCUGAAUAUUUGUGCAAAAUUGGUAACAAGGAUGACGCUCUCGAAGUUUUCCAGAAAGCAUAUGAUAAGACCAUUGCACUUGGACACAAGCUUGACAUCAUUUUCUACAGAAUUCGACUGGGAUUGUUUUUUAUGGAUCAUGAUCUGAUUACCAAGAGCAUAGAGAAGGCAAAAAUUUUAAUAGAGGAAGGUGGUGAUUGGGAUCGGCGAAACAGACUAAAAGUUUAUGAAGGUUUGUAUUGUAUUGCGAUUCGAGAUUUCAAGAAAUCAGCAAAUUUGUUUCUGGAUACUGUAUCAACAUUCACAUCCUAUGAACUUAUGGAUUACAAAUGCUUUGUCACAUAUGCUGUUUACAUCAGUAUGCUUGCUCUUGAUAGAACAGAGUUAAGAGAAAAAGUUGUAAAAGGUUCAGAAAUCUUGGAAGUUUUGCAUAGCAAUAAGGAAUGCAGAAGUUACCUGUUCUCAUUGUAUGAUUGUCAUUAUGCAGAGUUUUUCCAGCGUCUAGCUCAAGUUGAGGUGGAAAUGAAGAGAGAUAGAUUGCUGAAUCCUCAUUAUAGAUAUUACACUCGUGAGAUGAGAAUACUCGCUUAUACACAACUCCUUGAAUCAUAUCGUAGUCUUACAUUAGAAUAUAUGGCUGAAGCAUUUGGAGUUACUGUUGAAUUCAUUGAUAGGGAGUUGUCAAGAUUUAUAGCUGUUGGGAGACUGCAUUGCAAAAUUGAUAAGGUCGGUGGGAUCGUUGAGACCAACAGACCUGAUAGCAAGAACUGGCAAUAUCAGGAGACAAUAAAGAAAGGAGACUUGCUGCUAAACAGAGUUCAAAAACUAUCAAGAGUCAUCAAUAUCUAAUUAUACUCUUUAUUUCGUAUGAUAGAAACAAUUCUUGUGUCCAUAAUGUACCAUGUUGUAUAUAUAAAAUUUCAAACAAA